CCAGGCGUUAAAAGGGGUCUUUCUGGAAAUUUAAAAAGAAAAAUAGAAAUACUACAAUAAUAAUGUUCUACUUUUUUUGGAUACCCGACCCAAACCAAAAUUUCCCGACUUUGAUUUGAUUUGAUCUCCUAAAAGAGGUGGAUCAUCUGGAUGAUCCAUUUUAUUCUUUGGGCAGCCAUUAAAAAACAGAGUUGCUUGCUCUUGGAAGAGAAGUCAGUGGGAGCAGGAAAAUCGAUUAGAGAGAUGGCCGUGAUGGAGAAGCUGAAGAUGUUCGUGGUGCAAGAGCCAGUUGUCGCAGCUUCUUGCCUUAUCGCUGGGUUUGGUCUCUUCCUUCCAGCUUUUGUAAGGCCCAUUCUAGAUUCAUUAGAAUCAUCAAAGCAAGUCCGUCAGCCUGCUUUAAAUGAUGUGGUUGGAGGUGUGACUGGUAAAAAGCAGGGUUGAUAUGAUUUAUGGAUUGAAAAGAGGCAAAAAUUCCAAUGUAGCUAGUAAUCAGCAACAAAAUAAACCUGCCUUUUAAAUUGAGGAACUCUUUAAAGAGUGACCUGUUCCUUCAACCUCCUGUUUAGUGGGAGAUUUGAGUGUUAUUUAGUUUUGAUUCUCAGCAGUUGAGGAUUACUCAAGGCAUGGAUGAUUCAUAUCAGAGUGAAAUAUGGGAUCUUCUGCUUAAGUUGCUUCCUUAUAAUUAAAGUUUAUUCUUUGGUUU